ACCCUGCUCAGCUGUCUGCUCCCUCAGCUGUUGAAGAUGACUUUAACAGGAAUCUAUUUUAUCCUUGCGGGGAUUCUCUGUGCAAGAGCGAAGCUUGUACAUGUGGAUUAUCGCCUGUUGGGAUGCACAGACUCAGAUGGAGAGGAUAUGUAUGGGUUGGAUGAAGAAGAGAUGAGACAUGCAGACUGGAAGGCUGGGAAGUAUGUGUCCACAUUUCCUGCCUUUGCUGACCCAAUUAGGUUCCCUGACACCUCAUAUCAGCAGGCUCUAAAUAACCAGCAAAUCUGUAAGCAGAACUUGGAUAUGGCCAUACGAGCUUACAAAACUCCAGCAGUAGCAGAAGCUCAGCCAAUGAGCUCCAUCUACUCCAGGAACCAGGUGAAGCUGGGCACUGCCAACACCCUCAUCUGUCUGGUCACUGGGUUCUACCCUCCCCGGCUCAACAUGACGUGGACCAGGAACAACAAGAUUGUGACCAUGGGGGCGAGUAACAGUGAGCUCCGUAUGAAUCUUAAUGACGGCACCUACAGGCAGUUCUUCACCCUCAAGUUCACUCCUGAAGAGAGGGACAUCUACACCUGCACUGUGGAGCACUCAGCACUGGGCAUGCCAAUGACCAGAGAGUUCGAGGUUGAUGUUCCUCCAGAGGCCAGUGUUGGUCCGUCCGUGUUCUGUGGAGUGGGUCUGACCCUGGGACUGCUGGGAGUGGCUACCGGAACAUUCUUCCUUGUCAAGGGGAACCAGUGCAACUGAAACGGCGAUCGAGUGUGAUAUUGUCUGACUGAAAAUUUCUGCAAAUAUUGGUCCUACAUGUUAUUGUAUGGGCAAUGUCAUCUAUAAAAAACACUCAAAGUUAUUCCUUGUAAGGUGUCCGGGUAAUUUUGACCCGUUUCCAGUUGUUUGCUUAAGAAAAAUAUUAGGCUAUCAAUUAUUAUUCUUUCACACUGAGAUACACUGGCUUUGGCUCAUUUUCUGUGAGGAACAUGAAUCUGACCA